AAAAUAUUGACACCUCAGAGGUCUUCCUCCCCAAAGUGAUGUCCUUCUCUCUGAAUUCCUAGAAAUUGGAAGCCAUGGCUGAAAGCCAGACAAACCCUAAACCAAAAGAAAUCUCCCCGGACGCCAAAACCCUCCUCCAAAUCAUUUCCGCCACCGCCCCCCACGCCCUCGUCGCCGCCCUCUCCGCCACCUCCAUCCCCCCAACCCCGGACGUCGUCCAAGACGUCCUCCGCCUUUCCUACUCCAACUCCUCAGCUGCCGUCGAGUUCUUCCGUUGGGCGGGCCUCACGCGUAAGCACUCCGCUCACUCAUGGAACCUCAUCGUCGACCUACUCGGCAAGAACUCCAAGUUCGAGCCCAUGUGGGACGCAAUUCGGUCCAUGAGGAAUGAGGGUGCGUUGUCGUUGUCCGCUUUUAUUUCUGUUUUCGGAAGCUAUUGCUCCGUCGGCAGGGUUAAUGAGGCGAUUAUGAGCUUUGAGGUUAUGGACAGGUAUGGAAUUCCACCGGAUGUGGCAGCAAUGAAUGCUCUAUUAAGUGCCAUUUGCUGCGAGGGUGGCUCAACUACACUGGCGCUUGAAUUCUUUGAGAAAAUCAAAGUGAAGAUUACACCAGAUGGUGAUACUUUCAUGAUCUUGUUGGAGGGGUGGGAGAGAGAAGGCAACGUGACAAAGGCGAAGAGUACUUUUGGGGAAAUGGUGGUUCGACUUGGUUGGAGUCCGCAAAAUAUGGUGGCUUACAACUCGGUUUUGAUGACACUUGUUCGAGGAAUGGAGGUGGAGGAGGCAAUCAAGUUUCUUCUAGUGAUGAAAGGGAAGGGUUGCUUGCCAGGUUUGAAAUUCUUCUCUAAUGCUCUUGAUGUUCUCCUUAAGCAGAAUGAUUCAACUCAUGCAAUUGCUUUGUGGGACAUAAUGUUGGAUGGUGGUUUCAUGCCAAAUUUGAUGAUGUAUAAUACCAUAAUUGGUAUACUCUGCAAUGCUGGUGAUGCUGAUAACGCAUUUCGGUUUUUGGAUGAGAUGGUUUUCUAUGGUGUGUUUGCUGAUUCUUUCACGUAUAACAUGAUUUUUCAAUGUCUUGUUAAGCAUAAGAAGGUUCAUGAAGCGGGAAAGUUCUUCAUCGAAAUGAUCAAGAAUGAAUGUCCUCCAAUGCCUUCUAAUUGUGCUGCUGCUAUUGCAAUGUGUUUUGAUGGUGAUGACCCGGAGAUGGCAAUUGAGAUUUGGAGCUAUAUGAUUGAGAACUCACUCUCUCCUGUUGACGAGAGUGCAAAUGCAUUGCUUAUUGGGCUUUGUAAUUUGCGUAGGUUUUCUGAUUACAGGAGGUUUGCAGAAGAUAUGCUUGAUAUGAAGAUUAAAAUUCAUGAGUCAACCAUGGAAAAACUGAAGAAUGCACGCUACAAAGAUGGUAGAAGUGCAAGAGAUACAUGUGAUAGUUUAUGGAAAAGGUGGAAAGUAUCUCAAGAUUCUGUUUUAUGAACUUGUUUUUUUCUUUUUUCUUUUUGGCGGGAUUUGGAUGCCCUGCCUUUUGUUUUGAUAAUGUUUGCGAACAUCUUUGAUGUGUGGCAAUCAUGAAUGGAAAAAUCUUUCAUAACAAGCAGAUUUUACCAUUUCUUGGUUGUGCUACUUUAGUUUUAAAUCCCCAUUUUGAUGCCUUGCUUUC